ACCCGUGAAAAUAACACUGUGAAAAUAACGGUUGGUUAAAGCAGAGAAGAAGUAAAAAAUACUAAUAACAAUCAGCUCAUCUGAUAUAUAAGUGUAUAUGUUUGGUCUGUUGUGUUUCCCAUGAUGCUUUGUUGUUACAUAAGUCAUCUGUUCUCCUCCCUGUUGUCUGCAGGCUCCUCAGACCGUCCGGCUGGCCUCCCCCGCUCAGACCAGAAUGGUUCAGUCUCCCUCCACCACCACUGUACAGAAGGCCAUCACGGUUGCCCCGGGCGGUGCCGCGGUGUCGGUGAAGAUGACGACCCCUCAGAAGACCCAGACGGUGAUAACGGCUGGGGGGACGCCUGUGGCUAAGCCCGCCGGGGUCCCGUCCACCCCCAUGACCAGCACGACGCCCGCUGCCCCCGCCACGCCCGCUGGAAGAGUCACCGUGGUGUCCCAGGAAAUGCAAGAAAACGUGAAGAAAUGCAAGAACUUCCUCGCCACGCUCAUCAAGCUGGCGUCCCACAACUCCCCCUCCCCAGAUACCUCCAAGAAUGUGAAGGCCCUGGUCCAGGACCUGCUCGAUGCAAAGAUUGAGCCUGAGGAGUUCACCACUCGGCUGCAGGCUGAGCUCAAGUCCUCCCCACAGCCCUACCUCAUCCCCUUCCUCAAGAAAAGCCUGCCCGCGCUGCGUCAGUCUCUGCUCAGCAGCCAGCAGUCUCUGGUGACCCCCAGCACCUCCGCGCCCCUGCCAGCUGCCCCCGGCUCCGUCACCACCACCGCCAUCAGACCACGGCUGCCCAUCAGCCCGGCCAGCAGCACCGUCAGAUUGAACCCACCGCUCACCAACACUCUGGCUGUGGGCAGAGCCGGAGUCCAGACCGUACAGACCCGGAGCCCCGUCGUCUUCAGCCAGACUCUCAGACCUCAAGGUACGCUAAUACGGGGUCCCACAACUAUAAUCGGCAAAAGUCCAGUUCACCUGGCAGCUCAAGCCAAUCAGAAGAAACUGAGCGACCCAGGGGGCGGGACAUUCAGAGAUGACGACGAUAUCAACGACGUGGCGUCCAUGGCCGGCGUCAACCUUAAUGAGGAAAACGCUCGUAUCCUAGCGACCAGCUCGGAGCUUGUUGGCACUAAGAUUCGCUCCUGUAAAGACGAGUCCUUCCUGCCGAGCGGCCUGCUGCACCGCCGCAUCCUGGACACAGCUAAGAAGCUGGGAGUGACCGAGGUGCCACUUGAGGUGGUGAACUUCAUCUCUCACGCCACCCAGUCCAGACUGCGCUCGCUGCUGGAGAAGGUUUCAGUCGUCGCUCAGCACCGCACGGACAGCGGGAAGGAUGAAGAGCACCAUGAACCGACGUCAGACGUUCGCUCUCAGCUGCGUUUCUUCGAGCAGUUGGAGCGAAUGGAGAAACAGAGGAAGGACGAGCAGGAGAGAGAGAUCCUGCUAAAGGCUGCCAAGAGUCGCGCCAGACAAGAAGAUCCUGAACAGGCUCGCCUGAAGCAGAAAGCUAAAGAGAUGCAGCAGCAGGAGUUGGCUCAGAUGCGACAACGAGACGCCAACCUCACGGCCCUCGCCGCCAUCGGGCCACGCAAGAAACGCAAGCUCGACUCGCCAGGAGGCGCCUCGGCCGGCACAGAGGUAGGAGAUAGAAACAGGUCAUAAACUACGGUUGUUACCAUAAACUCAGCCAUUAAGUAAUUAAUAACAUCAGAACACACAGCUGAUAAUGAUCCUGAUCAGCCAGCAUCAGUAAUCAAUACACUUAACAGACAGUUAAUGAACAGCGUUAUGAGUCAGUAUCUGAUC